AUGCAGCUAGUCAACAUCCUCCCCUUCAUCACCCUCGUCACAGCCACAACGCUACAAAAGCGAUGCAGCCCCCUACGUGAUCCCGAGUACUACGGAGGCUACCUGCCCCCGGCGCCAUGCUGGCAGAGCUUCACGACGGCGUGCACGCCGAUACUGGCCCCGGGGACCGAGAUGUACGUGUCUAGCAACCACAGCACCGCGGUUGUGUUCGGCGUCCAGGGGUACUGCUUCGACACCAUCAGGGAGGAACAGGCGCGAGCUGCCGAUGGGCGAAAGACGUACGGCUGGCAGCAGCAGCACGGGAAUCUGACGCGGGUUGGGGACAGCGACGUCCUUGUCAUCUCGGGAAUGAGCAAGGAGGCGAUAGAGAGGUAUCAGGCAUUGCUGCAUCCAGAGGAACAUGUACAGUAA